CUCUUGAUCAUCAACAAUAAACGACCAACUCGGAAUAUCUUCAUUGCACUCGGUCACUCAUCAACUUUUAAUAACUCUCCCUGAACCGACCACAACGCCACGAUCUCCAAUUGGGCAAGGUGACAAAUCAACUAACAAUCCACCAUCAUGUCCCUCAACCGUCUCGACCCCAAACCCAUGACGGAUCACGACGACUCCACUGCCGUCAUGACACCUCCGGAAACAGUCGCUGACUUCCUAGAAGAAAACGACCCUCUCGGCACCACCAGGCUCAGCUCCUCUUCAGUCCCCUGGCCCGGCUCCACCUUCAUCAUCCGCUCCGUCUCAACCGGGCACGUACUCACGCUGUGCGACGGACAGGUUGUGACGUCUCCGCCAGGCGGCCGUGGCUCCAUCCACUGGGCAUGUGUAGAAACAAAAGGCUGGCUAGGCUUCCGCAAUGUCGUAUCGGGGAGAUUCCUGGGGCAUGAUAACGCAGGGAGACUGCGGUGCACGGCCGAUCGUCAUCAGGAAUGGGAGAAAUUUUGUGUGAGGAUGACGCCAGAUGAAGGAUAUGUCUUGCUCAUGACGCAUUGGGAGAGGCUUUGGCAGGUCGGCAUUACGGUGGAGCGAGGUGUGGAGAGGCUGGCGAAGAUAGGGGAAGCUGGAAUCGUUUGGGAGUUUGUUAAGAUCUAGAUUGAGGUUAGCGACGAUCCUUACUUUUGCAAGAUGACCGCGAGCUUCAGGAAACUCAAGAUGGAGGGAUGAAGGCAUACUGGAUCUCGAGAGAACAAAGUUCACCACAACGCCCUUCGCAAAUAGCCAGUUGCAAACACGACUGUCAAGAGAGUAGUGAGAUAACAAAUUAGGGAGGCUCGCAACAAUUACAACAACCUGCUAAUUCGACAGAUUUCAUGGUCCCAAUUGAUGCAAACGCAACCAGUACUUUGAGAGUUGUGAUCAACUGCAAUCUGAGUAUGAUUUGAGUUAUAGGAGUAUUCAAUUGCCCUCUUUGUGCAAGCA